AGUCCGCUAUGUAACAUUACACCAAUUUGGUGGAGAUUGGACAUUUCAAUAAAUAUCGAACGGAAAGCUCUGAAAAUAAGUCUCAUUAUUCUAAAAGACAUCGCAAUAAUGAAUACCGCUCAAUCUCGAGGUUAUUCUCCAAGUCCAAAAUUUUUUUCGGUUAGUGAUCAGGAAAUGAAAGAGAUGAUGGACCACGUAUUGGAGCAAAAAAAAAAUCGUGCAGCUAGCUUUGGGAUGGUCAAGGAUCUUACGUCAGCACUCGUUCCAGGCUACGAUAUUACCCUUAUGAUUACCUUUAAGAUGAUUGAGAAACUAACAAAAUUUGCUGACGACGACGAAGAAACACUUUUAGAACAAUUUACAGAACGAAAAAUUAACCGUGCCAUCCUAAAAUCCCUUGUACACUCAAUGAAAUCCGAAAUAUUGGCUAUUGAAUCUCGUAUUGAACAAAUGAAGAAUACCAAAAUUUCUCCUGAAGAUCGAAAAUUUGAAGUAACUUCUGCCUUCCAUUCCUGCCAGAAGGUUCUAAACGAUUUCCAGAAUGAGGCUCAUCUCUUCUAUCAACAUCCGCUUGUCACCGCCCCAUCCUUAAUCGCGUUCUCCCAGUUAUAUGUUUCGGUUUGUACAUAUGGCGUUAAACUUCAUUCUUCAUACACAGAAUUAGCUGAACGUGAAAAACAACGAUUAAAGGAAGUAGUUGAAGCUUAUAAAAUAAAUACUGUCAGGGAGAGACUCGAAAUGGUCAAACUUACGCAGACGAUAAAGAUGCCACAUUAUGAAGGUAAAAUUAAAGAUGAUAUGACCCAAUUAAUCAAAACGAAGAGUUUCAAAGGCGCCUUGAGUAACUUGAAAAAGCAUACAAAAAGUGUAAAAUUACAUGUGGUGGAUAUCGUCAAAGAUGGUUUUGGGUAUGAUAGUAAACCCGAUGAAUUGCAUUAUUGGGAUCGUACAUAUUGGUCUCAGGAACAAAAAUAUAUGCCUAAUUAUGAAUAUCCAAUGGUAGUGCGGAUUGCAUACGAGAAUUAUUUCGAUAACGUUAUCGAGGUCAUUUAA